AUGUAUGGAGUCCAAAGUUUUAGAUCGUACAAUGGAGAUGCAAUGCAAGGAGAUCAUAAUCCCAUGAGUACUAACAAAGGUUUACCGAAAAAUCAAAGCUGUGAUCAUCAUUUCUCUCCAGGUGUACCUUCUCCUCUGUCAAGAAGUUCUAGCCGGAGAAGCACCACGCCUCUAAGGAGCACCAGCAGCCGGAAAAACCCAGACGUAAAUGGCUUCCCUCGGUCCCUUUCGAGGAAUUCGAGCAGGAGCACCACUCCCAUCAUGUUCUCAAACUCAACUGGGAUAAUUAAACCACCCCCUAUUGAGAAGCAGCUUGAAUGCACUCUUGAAGAGUUAUGUUAUGGAUGUACAAAGAAGAUCAAGAUCACAAGAGAUGUCAUUACAAACACAGGGCAAAUCAUUCAAGAGGAAGAGAUGCUGACAAUAAAAGUGAAGCCGGGAUGGAAAAAGGGGACAAAGGUAACAUUUGAAGGAAUGGGAAAUGAGAAGCCAGGAACUUUACCUGCAGACGUAACAUUUGUGAUUGCUGAAAAGAGACACCCUUUAUUCAGAAGAGAAGGAGAUGAUCUGGAGUUAGCAGUAGAAAUCCCUCUGGUGAAAGCCCUCACCGGCUGCUCCUUGUCCGUCCCUUUACUAGGAGGCGGGAAGAUGAAUUUGACAGUCGAUGAAAUUAUUCACCCUGGCUUCCAUAGACUCAUUGCAAGCCAAGGCAUGCCAGUCAGCUCGAAAGAGCAUGGAAAGAGAGGAAAUCUGAAAGUUGUUUUCUUAAUUGGGUUCCCAACCCAGCUGACAGAGGAACAACGGUUGGAUAUUCUUAGCAUUUUAUGA